UGCCGAAGUUUGCCGAAGGCCUGAACCGACACUCGCGCCAUUUUGGUGAAAACAACACUGGAAAAUGUGCUAAACAACUAGAAGAAAAUGGCGAAUAUACACGUAGAUAAAGACGCAUUUUUGCGUCGAAUCAAGUCCUUAUACUCGGCAUGGAAUAAAGCAUCUGAAAGUGACCCUUUGGGCAAGAUGGAUGCUCUUGUUGUUGCCAAUGGUCAAGAUGAAGAAGUUGUUUACUCAAAAACAACUUCAAUACAGACAUGGUUGUUUGGUUAUGAGCUGGCUGAUACGCUGAUGGUGUUAGGCGACAAGACGCUGUACAUGCUUGCAAGCAAGAAGAAGAUUGAGUUUCUGAGACAAGUGGAUCCGGGCAAGGAAAACGACAGUGGCGUCCCCGGCAUCAAGCUGCUUGUCAGAGACAAGGCAGACAAGGACAAAGCCAACUUCGGAAAAAUCAUAGAAGGAAUAAAAAAGAGUAGAAAGGGCAAAACACUUGGUGAGUUUGCUAAGGACAAGUUUCCGGGAGACUUCAUGGACGCUUGGAGGUCAGCAUUGAAAGGGACAGGAUUUGAAAAGAUCGAUGUGAGCUCGUCCAUGGCCGAGGUAAUGGCUCCGAAAGAAGAUUUGGAGCUGAAGACGAUACAGAAGGCGUGCUAUGCCACAUGUGAUGUCUUUAAUAAGUACCUGAAGGAACAGAUCAUGGAGAUCAUUGAUGCUGACAAGAAAGUAAAGCACUCUAAGCUGGCUGACGGUGUGGAACAGGCUUUAAAGAACAAGAAAUUCCUACCUGCUGGAAUCGAUGCGUCCCAGCUUGAUAUGUGCUACCCAGCCAUCAUACAGAGUGGGGGAAAAUACAGCCUCAAAUUCUCCACUGUCAGUUCGGAUGAGAACCUUGACUUUGGCACAAUCAUUAUUAGCAUGGGUCUGCGAUACAAAUCCUACUGUUCUAACAUCGUACGUACCCUAAUGGUCGACCCCACUGACAAGAUGAAGGAGUACUACGAGUUUCUGCUCGAAGUCGAGGAGGAGAUCCAGAAGAAACUCCAGCAUGGUACAAAGCUGAGUGCGGUGUUUGAUGCAGCAGCCGGAAUGGUUAAGUCCAAGUCCGGCUCUCUGUUAGAUAGGAUGACCAAGAACGUGGGCUUUGGUAUGGGCAUUGAGUUCCGGGAGGGAUCCAUGCUAAUCACUAACAAGUCAAACAUCACAGCUAAGAAAGGUAUGGUGUUCAACAUCAACGUUGGUUUCUCUGAGCUGGAUAACAAGGACGGUAAAGGCUCUGCUGGCAAGAAGUAUGCUCUCUUUAUUGGGGAUACUGUUCUAGUAAAUGAGGGUGCGGCUGCAUCAGUGCUGACAAACUCGAAGAAGCGUUGGAAGCACGUUGGAAUCUUCCUGAAGGAUGAAGAUGAAGAGGAGGAGGACGAAGAGGAAGAAGAGAAAAAGGAACAGCCUCCUGAGUUUCUCGGGCGUGGACGGAGAAAUGCAGUGCUCGAAAACAGGACCCGGCCUGAUGCUACAGCUGAGGAGAGACGGCUGAAGCACCAGAAGGAGCUUGCAGACAGGCUGAACGAGGAGGCAAGGGAGAGAUUGCGGGGGAAACAGACGGGCACGGAUGGCAAAAAGAUGAGAAAGUCAAAUAUAUCGUACAAGACGUUAUCACAUUUACCAUCUGAAUCUGAAGUAAAGGAACUGAAAUUAUUUGUUGACAAGAAAUAUGAGACGAUCAUUUUGCCGAUAUUUGGAUUGCCAACUCCCUUCCACAUAUCUUCUGUCAAGAACAUCAGCCAGUCUGUGGAGGGGGACUACACAUACCUGCGUAUCAACUUUUUCCACCCUGGGUCUGCCCUUGGGCGUAAUGAAGGAAAUCUUUUCCCUCAGCCUGAUGCCACUUUCCUAAAGGAAAUCACAUACCGGAGCUCGAACACGAAGGAGCCUGGUGAGAUCUCCGCGCCCUCGUCCAACCUGAACACUGCACACAGGCUUAUUAAGGAAGUGCAAAAGAAGUUCAAGACUCGUGAGAUGGAGGAAAAAGAGAAAGAGGGUAUAGUGAAGCAGGAUGCGCUCAUUGUGAACCCCAACAGAGGUAACCCUAAACUGAAGGACUUGUACAUUCGACCCAACAUCGUGUCCAAGAGAAUCUCUGGUACUCUCGAGGCUCACACCAAUGGUUUCCGGUUCACGUCUGUACGUGGCGACAAGGUGGACGUCCUGUACAACAACAUCAAGAACGCUUUCUUCAUGCCUUGUGACGGGGAAAUGAUUAUCCUCCUUCACUUCCAUCUCAGGCAUGCUAUCCUGUUUGGUAAGAAGAAGCACAUGGAUGUCCAGUUCUACACAGAGGUUGGAGAGAUCACCACUGACCUUGGGAAACACCAGCACAUGCAUGAUCGUGAUGAUCUCCGUGCUGAACAGGCUGAGCGUGAGAUGAGACAGAAGCUGAAGUCUGCUUUCAAGAAUUUCUGUGAAAAGGUGGAGGCGUUGACAAAGACCCAGGUAGAGUUCGACACACCGUUCAGAGAGCUUGGGUUCCAUGGCGCCCCCUUCCGGUCCACUGUCCUGCUACAACCCACAUCUGGUUGCCUCGUCAACCUCACUGAAUGGCCCCCAUUUGUGAUCUCCCUGGACGGGGUGGAGCUGGUUCACUUUGAGCGUGUCUCAUUCUCCCUCAAGAACUUUGACAUGGUGUUCGUCUUCAAGGACUAUACCAAGAAGGUUGCCAUGGUGAACUCCAUACCUGUACAGGUCCUCGAUAACGUCAAAGAAUGGCUCAACUCGUGUGACCUGCGUUACACAGACGGUGUGCAGUCUCUCAACUGGACAAAGAUCAUGAAAACAAUCACGGACGACCCUGAGGGGUUCUUUGACAAUGGUGGCUGGUCCUUCCUGGCCCCUGAAAGUGAUGCAGAGGAGGACGAUGAUGAUGAUGAAGAAGAUGAGGCGUUUGAUCCAAGCUCAGACUUAAGUGGCUCAGAUGAGGAGAGCUCCGGGGACAGUGAGGAGUCAGACUGGGAAGAUGAGGAAGAAGACUCAGAUGGUGAGGAGGAGCUUGACUCGAGUGAAGAAAGCGGCAAGGACUGGGACGAACUGGAGGAUGAGGCUCGCAAAGCUGACAUGGAACGGGACGUUUAUGGCGAUGCUCCUGAACAACAACAACAGCGCAGCAAGAGCAAGCACAAAUCCUCACAUAAGCCCCCUCAAAAGUCGCCCCAUAAAUCCUCCCACAAAUCCUCAUCAUCCUCUCAUAAAUCCUCACAUAAAUCGCCUCACAAAUCAGGACAUUCGCGCGACAGGGACAGGGACCGAGGAUCGCCCAAGAAAAGGAAACACAGUGGCGGUGACCAUGGACGGGAUAAGAAAAGGAGAAAGUGAGAAAUUUCUUUCACCUAGGACCAUUGGUGUAUACAAGAACGUCAUUAGUGCUCAUCCCAUUUAUUUUUACUUACAAUGUAAACUAUUGUUUGUGAAUAGUAAUUGUACUUUUCAUUUAUUGAAAUGUGAAAUACUGUUGUGUAUAUUUCUGUAUUAAUCUAGUGAAACGCAUUAUGAUGAACAGUGCUUUAAGAACUGUAGUUUCGGGUCUACAUUUUUAAGUUGAAACUUUUUCUCCAUCAUGGAAUUACUACUGAAUGACAAAACCAAACAAUGCUUUGUAAAUGGCUAAAGUGAAAUCGUGUACAAAUGUUAGUAGCCAAUUCUCUGUUGUUAUUGUCAAAGUUAACGCUUUUGUGAAUGUAGUAACCUACACAAAAAUGAUACAUAGAAAAGUUGGAAAUUACUUUUGCCUUUGGAAAGAUGUUAUUGGAGUAUCUUCAAUUUCAUGGUAUACUUUGUCAUUUGUUUUUGUUCAUCACAAGUGGUACAAUAAAGAUAUUAAAUAGA